AAAAAAAAAAGCACAAUUGUACAAUAGGGAAAUCCAGCUCCCACUCUCCUCGCCCCAGUUUGUUCCUCCCUGCUUGAAUCCAAUUGGAAAACUAGGGUUUAAUCAUUCUACCCCCAAUUUCGCUAAAAUCUCAACCUCUAUUUUCAGUCCCAUCGAUUCUUUUUCCGUAGUUUUGGUAUCCCCUUAGCCCUAUUCAAUUAGUCUUCACUGCGAAUUGAGCGUAAAUUCAAAUACAGAGCAGCACCAUGGCUCAAUCCAGCAACGCCGCUGCUGGAGUUGACAACACUUUUCGAAGAAAAUUUGAUCGAGAGGAGUAUCUGCAGCGCGCUCGCGAGCGUGAAGAAAAGGAGGCGGAGGGUCGUUCAAAAUCUAAAUCAAGGGGUCCCCCAGUGCAAAGGAAGCCAUUGAAACACAGGGAUUACGAAGUGGACCUCGAAUCGCGAUUGGGAAAAACUCAGGUUGUGACACCAAUUGCACCUCUAAGUCAGCAGGCAGGAUACUACUGCUCAGUUUGUGAAUGUGUAGUAAAAGAUUCUGCAAACUACUUGGAUCACAUAAAUGGAAAGAAGCAUCAACGAGCCUUGGGUAUGUCGAUGCGGGCUGAAAGGGCAACCUUGGAGCAGGUUCAGCGGCGGUUUGAAGUUCUUAAGAAAAGGAAAGAUACUGGAGGCUUUACUGAGCAAGAUUUUGAUGAGCGGAUCUUGAAACAACAACAAGAAGAAGAGGAAAGGAAGCGUCAACGACGGGAGAAAAAGAAAGAGAAGAAGAAAGAAAAGGCUACUGAGGAGGAACCCGAGGUAGAUCCUGAUGUUGCAGCGAUGAUGGGAUUCGGAGGUUUCCGGUCAUCGAAAAAAUGAUCCGACUGGCUAGUAGCAGUACUCUACACAAAUACCGCUGAAUCCAUCAACUCAACUAAUUCACAAGCUUUUAGUCACUCAUUUUGAUAAUUGAAAUGAAAUUCUGUUUGCGGAAGCUCUCAAUGGUUUGACAACAUAACAUGUGAGUGGCUUUUGUUGUGUAAUGUGUAUUGAUAUCCUUCUGCUUUUCUGCUUUUCUUCUCCAUUAAUGUGCAUAAGAUCAAAGGGAGUGAUAUUUUCCUCUA